AUGUCGUCUGGAGAGGAGUAUCGGCUGGUCAAGAGCCAUAUGCCUAUAGGGCUGUUAGGUGCGGCACUAGCUGAGGUGAAGAUAUGUGGCUUUGUCAAAAUGGUGUUUUUUGAGAAAUUCGAAGAGUGUAGUGUGGUGGGUAUGGGGGAACUAUGGGCACAAAUGGGCUCGUUAAUGGCCACAAUUAUGUUUGUGUAUGCCAUUGUUGAGCGUUUUUUCCCUGCAGCACUUCGUGACACUCUUCAAAUACACACUCAAAAACUGAUGAACCUUUUAUACCCUUAUGUCCAAAUAACCUUCCCUGAGUUCUCUGGUGAGAGGCUGAAGCGUAGUGAAGCUUACACUGCCAUCCAAACCUACCUCAGUGAAAACUCUUCCAACCUAGCCAAGAGACUCAAAGCUGAAGUGGUGAAAGAUAGCCAAAAUCCUUUGGUGCUUAGCAUGGAUGAUGAUGAAGAGGUCACAGAUGAAUUCCAAGGUGUGAAGCUUUGGUGGGCUGCAAGCAAAACUGCCACAAACCCACAUGCAUAUUCAUUCUCUUAUUACAGUGUUCCAGACGGGAAGAGAUAUUUCAAACUCACUUUUCACAAAAAGCAUAGAGAUCUCAUCACUGUGUCUUACAUCAAACAUGUCUUGGAAGAGGGAAAGGAAAUUGCCUUGAGACAUAGGCAAAGGAAGCUGUAUACCAACAAUCCAAGUAGUGGUUGGUAUGGUUACAAACAGUCAAAGUGGAGCCACAUAGUGUUUGAGCACCCUGCAACAUUUGAGACUCUUGCAAUGGAGCAAAGUAAGAAGGAAGAGAUAAUGAAUGACCUUGUUAAGUUCAGAAAUGGGAAGGACUACUAUGCCAAGAUUGGCAAGGCUUGGAAGCGUGGCUAUUUGCUAUAUGGUCCUCCAGGGACUGGUAAGUCUACAAUGAUAGCUGCUAUGGCUAAUUUCAUGAACUAUGAUGUGUAUGAUCUUGAGUUAACUGCAGUGAAGGACAACAUUGAGUUGAGAAAGUUGUUGAUUGAGACUUCAAGUAAGGCUAUUAUAGUUGUGGAGGACAUUGAUUGCUCACUUGAUCUAACUGGCCAGAGGAACAUGAAGAAGGAAAAAAAUGAGGAAGAGGAACCAAAAGAUCCUAGUAAAAAAGAAGAAGAGGAGAAUAGCAAGAGUAGUAAGGUAACUCUAUCUGGGUUGUUGAAUUUUAUUGAUGGUAUUUGGUCAGCAUGUGGGGGAGAGAGGAUUAUUAUUUUCACAACUAACUUUGUGGACAAGCUUGAUCCUGCUCUUAUUAGGACAGGUAGAAUGGAUAAGCACAUUGAGUUGUCAUAUUGCCGCUUUGAAGCAUUCAAAGUGCUUGCUAAGAACUACUUGGAUGUUGACUCUCACCAUUUGUUUGCUAGAAUUGCCAAUUUGCUGGAAGUGACCAAUGUGACACCUGCUGAUGUUGCUGAGAAUCUUAUGCCUAAGUCAGUGAAUGAAGAUGUGGAAACUUGCUUGAAGAAUUUGAUUGAGGCUCUUGAGGUGGCUAAGGAGGAAGCAAAGAAAAAGGUUGAAGAAGAGGCAAUAUUGAAGGAAGAAAAGGACAAGGAGAAUCCUAAUCAGCAUGGGAAGAAAUAUAAUGUGCACACUGUGGAAGAUGUGAAGGAAAAUGGUUUUUUUCCUUUGAGUGGAAAAUAA